AUGGACCUGGUGGACCCCGACAUCUUUAAUAGGGACCCCCGUGACCAUUAUGAUCUGCUACAGCGGCUGGGUGGAGGCACCUAUGGGGAAGUGUACAAGGCUCGCGACAAGGUGUCAGGAGACCUGGUGGCGCUGAAGAUGGUGAAGAUGGAGCCUGAUGAUGAUGUCUCCACGCUGCAGAAGGAAAUCCUCAUCUUGAAGACCUGCCGGCAUGCCAAUAUUGUGGCUUACCAUGGGAGUUAUCUCUGGCUGCAGAAACUCUGGAUCUGUAUGGAAUUCUGUGGGGCCGGCUCUCUCCAGGAUAUCUACCAAGUGACCGGUGCCCUCUCUGAGCUCCAGAUUGGCUACGUCUGCCGGGAAGUGCUCCAGGGACUGGCCUAUCUGCACUCCCAGAAGAAGAUCCACCGGGACAUCAAGGGAGCCAACAUCCUCAUCAACAAUGCAGGGGAGGUCAGACUUGCUGACUUUGGCAUCUCUGCCCAGAUCGGUGCAACCCUGGCUCGGCGUCUGUCUUUCAUUGGGACCCCCUAUUGGAUGGCUCCAGAAGUGGCAGCGGUGGCCCUGAAGGGCGGCUACAAUGAGCUGUGUGACAUUUGGUCCCUGGGCAUCACUGCUAUUGAGCUGGCUGAGCUGCAGCCCCCCCUGUUUGAUGUGCACCCUCUCAGAGUCCUCUUCCUCAUGACCAAAAGUGGCUACCAGCCUCCCCGACUAAAGGACAAAGGCAAAUGGUCGGCUGCCUUCCACAACUUUGUCAAAGUCACACUUACCAAGAACCCCAAGAAGCGGCCUGGCGCCACCAAGAUGCUCAGUCAUCAACUGGUGUCCCAGCCUGGCCUUAACCGGGGCCUGAUCCUAGACCUGCUGGACAAACUGAAGAACCCAGGCAAGGGGGCCCCCACAGCUGAGGUGGACGAGGAGGAGCUUGAGCCUCCCCCAGCCAUCCCCCGGCGAAUCAGAUCUACCCAUCGAUCCAGCUCACUGGGGAUCCCAGACACAGACUGCUAUCAGAGGCACAUGGAGUUCCGGAAGCCCAGAAGAGUGGAGCCCAGGCCCCCCACUGACAGCGACCGCCUGCAGCCCCUGGGAAACCUCCGGAGCAGCAGCCCCAGGCCGCAGUGCUCAGAGUCGGAGGAGGACGACGACUAUGACGACGUGGACAUCCCCACCCCUGCAGACGAUCUACCUCCUCCACUGCCCCCCAAGCCCAAGUUCCGGUCCCCAUCAGAUGAUGGUUCUGGUGGCCCCGUAGAUGAUGGACACCUGAGCCCAGGGGUGCUGGUCCGGUGUGCCAGUGGGCCUCCCCCCCGCAUGCCCCAUCGGGGGCCUCUCCCAGCCACCCGAAGCCCCCACCUCACGGCCCAUUCAGAACCCUCACUCUGGAACCCACCCUCCCGGGACCCUGACCAACCCCCACUACUGCCCCCUAAGAAGGACAAGAUGAAGAGAAAGGAUUGUGCUCCCCUUGUCAAGCUGUUCAGCGGUUGCCCCCUCCGAAUCCACAGUACAGCUGCCUGGACACACCCCUCCACCAAGGACCAGCACCUGCUCCUCGGGGCAGAGGAAGGCAUUUUCAUCUUGAACCGGAAUGAUCAGGAGGCCACUCUGGAGAUGCUCUUUCCUAGCAGGACAACCUGGGUGUAUUCAAUCAGCAACGUCCUCAUGUCCCUCUCAGGAAAGACUCCCCACCUGUAUUCUCAUAGCAUCCUGGGUCUGCUGGAAAGAAAAGAGACAAGGGCAGGAAGCCCCAUCGCUCAUAUUAGCCCCCAUUGGCUAUUGACAAGAAGGAACAUGGUCUCUUCCAAGAUGCAGGACACCAAAGGCUGCCGUGCCUGCUGUGUGGCAGAAGGUGCAAGCUCCGGGGGUCCGUUCCUGUGUGGGGCACUGGAGACUUCGGUGGUGCUGUUUCAGUGGUACCAGCCCAUGAGCAAAUUCCUGGUGGCUCGGCAGGUGCUGUUCCCGCUCCCCACGCCUCUGUCUGUGUUUACGCUGCUAACGCGGCCCGGGUCCGACUUGCCAUCCGUGUGCAUCGGCGUGAGCCCAGGGCGGCCGGCGAAGUCAGUGCUCUUCCACACUGUGCGCUUCGGGGAGCUCUCCUGCUGGCUGGGCGAGACGAGCACCGAGCACAAGGCACCAGUACAGGUGACCCAGGUUGAGGAAGACAAGGUGAUGGUGUUGAUGGAUGGGUCUUUGAAGCUGGUGACUCCAGAGGGGGCCCCAGCCCCAGGCCUUCGUGCUCCAGAGAUCCCCAUGACUGAAGCAGUGGAGGCUGUGGCUAUGGUGGGGGACCGGCUCCAGGCCUUCUGGAAACACGGGGUACAGGUGUGGGCUAUGGGUUCCGACCAGCUGUUACAGGAGCUGAGAGACCCUACCCUCACCUUUCGUCUGCUUGGCUCCCCCAGGCCUGUGGUGGUGGAGACGCGGCCAGCAGGCGAUCCUUCCGCCCCCAGCAACCUCUACAUCCAGGAAUAA